UGUCUACAAAUUGAGGGCUCGCGCCUCUUUAUCAAUGAAAUAGUAAAGACAGCUGGGCUCUGCCACGACACUGGAGAAAAAACACAGAAACUUGAGCUACUCCCUACCUCGUAUUAGUUGGAUUGUAUUUGUUAUUGAUUGUGAGUGUCACUUCAGCUGGGACUAGGAGCAGAAGUUUCAAAAACCGACUCAAAAUGAAAUACGUUAUAGGAAUUGGCGGUGUGACUAAUGGUGGGAAAACCACUUUGACGAAUAGGCUGAUCAAGUCACUACCUAACUGUUGUGUGGUGCAUCAAGAUGACUUUUUCAAGGUAAACUUGGUCUGCUAAAACGUCUCUAUACAGUGUUGUAUUUGCAUGACCUUGUUAAGGGAAAAUAUCCCAAACACUCACACAUUAACCAAUAGCCAUGAUGCAUGCCCUCUACAGGCACCUGGCCUUCCCUUUAGUAGAUAUGUGUAGUAUGCUGUAAAUGAACCUAGUUGUCUUUUCACACACGCCUUGCUUAUUGCCACCUUAAAAAUAAAAAAAGUUAACUGAAUUGACCUGUACAGGAUCAGAACUUGUGCUGAGUAGCUCACUGCUCUUGUGCUUUGUUUCCUGUUUUAUCGAUGUCUCUGGUUAUAUAUGGAUUCUCAAUGCUCUUGUGCAUGUUAUACCUGCAUGCUUCAGCUAGGUGUGCACAUCUUGCAAUGGGAUUUGUCCUUAUUCAGAUCAGCCUGCGCUUGCAGCAAUGUUUUAUUGGUGUUAUUUCAGAAACCUGACCAGAUAGAAGUCGGGGAGGACGGCUUUAGACAGUGGGAUGUGAUCACAGCAUUGGACAUGGAUGCCAUGGUGAACACGAUUCGAGGCUGGAGUGAGAACCCAGUGAAGUUUGCACACUCCCACGGUGUCAACGUGUCCCCUUCCACAGAGGUUGCCGACCCAGAUCAGCAGAUCCACAUUCUGAUUGUAGAGGGCUUCCUUCUGUACAACUACAAACCCCUGAUGGACGUGUAUAACAAGUCCUACUACAUCUCCAUUCCAUACGAAGAGUGCAAAAGGAGGAGAAGUACAAGACAAUACACCGUCCCUGAUCCCCCGGGUCUGUUUGAAGGCCAUGUGUGGCCCAUGUACUUGAAGCACAGGAAUGAGAUGGUUGAGAGCGGUUUAGACAUCGCAUAUCUGGAUGGCUUGAAAUCAGAAGAAGGGAUCUACAGCCAGGUGUAUGAGGACAUCCAGAAUACACUGUUGAAUCGUUUAUAGCAGGAACUCCAUCUCCAAACCUGUAUAGACCUGUAAAUAGCAUCAAGACUGAAGAGACAUUUUUUUUAAAUUGAAGCAUUUUUUCUUAUUGUGUAAAUUAUAUUGAAGGAAUGUUAACUUAUGUUUGACAGAAUCAUUUCUGUUUUGUUUUCUUAUCUAAUCUGUUAGUCCAUUGCUUGUGUUAAUCAAACCACUGCCUAGUUUCCGAGGGAGAGGGACAAACACUGACCAUCUGUCAAUGAAAAUAUUUUUUGUAUGGAGGUCAAUGCGAAUUGCCAAAUUUCUACAUGAGGCUUAUUUGAUCAAAUAGAUGUUUAAUGUUUACGUUUGUUACAAAUGAACUGAUAUAAGUGGAUUCACAUGGCAUUUUGAUAACUGAGGUACAAAUAAUAAUUCUUUAUUGGAGUUGUGCCUCUGCCCUCAUGGUCUAGAAGGGUCUCACCUGAACUGGCUGCUUGCCUUCCAUAUUUGAGGAAAUGUAUUUCCUUUGUUAGAAUAGAGCAGUCACUUGACUAUAUUAUGAAUAUAUUACAUCUUUGUUAGUAUGUACUUGGCUUUGUUUUGGCAAGUAAAUUGUUUAAAAUGUGUUCAGAUUUCUCAAUGUUA